GUGCCUGCGCGUGCACAUGCGCAAAGCCCUCGAUUUGCAUUCUAGCCUCGGUUUCUCGUCGAAAUGAGCAGCAUUUGACGAAUCCAUAAUUUGAACACAUCGAGUGGAGAGCGUGUGCACCCAGCGGCCGGAAUUGACCGCCAUUUUCAGUAUUUACACGAAAAACUGGUGUUAUUAUCUGGCAGAAAUAUAUUUUUCUGGUAUUCAUCAUGGCUAGGAGUCGAAAGGACAGCAAUGGGAAGAGUGACUCGGAGGCAACUGAUAAGGACACCAAGCGGGAUAAGGGACGAGAGAAGGACAGGAAGAAAAGGGCUGCGUCAUCAUCGAGCAGUGGCAGCAGUUCGUCGGACAGUAGCUCGGGAUCAUCGAGCUCCAGCAGUGGCAGCAGUUCUCGCUCAAGUUCCUCGUCGAGCAGCUCUUCGAGUAGCUCUGGGAGCUCGUCCGGAAGCUCCAGAGAUAGAAAUCGUAAACGUAGUCGUAGCAAGAGUGCUGAUGGCUCCAGGAGGCACGACAACAAGGAGAAGGAGAGGGAGAAGGAUCGAGAGAGGGACAGGGAGAGAGAAAGAGACAGGAAUAAGGAUAAGAAGAAAAAUGAUUCCGCUGUGGACAAGUCAAAACCCAAAGGGAGAUCGAGGUCACCAUCUCCUCGUAGAUCAGUGUCACCUCGUCGAAAGCGUCGGGAGCGUUCGCCAAUUCCUCGGCCCACGAAAAUUCAUAUUGGUCAUCUUACCAGAAAUGUUACCAAAGAUCAUAUAAUGGAGAUCUUCUCUACUUACGGUCAGAUAAAGAUGGUAGACUUUGCUGUGGACAAGAUGCAUCCAAAUCAUGGCAGGGGCUUUGCCUACGUCGAGUUUGAAACAGCUGACGAGGCUGAGAACGCCAUGAAGCAUAUGGAUGGUGGUCAGAUCGAUGGACAGGAGAUAACAGCAGCUCCAGUGCUUCUACCUAAACCGAGGCCCAUGCCCAUGAGGCGAAUGUCACCAGGAAUGGGCAGAGGAGGGCCCAUGAGGUGGGGAGGCAACAGGAGAAAUUCACCCCCUCGUUAUCGUCGACGUUCACCUCCCAUGAAUCGUCGCAGGAGCCCCAGGCCUCCCAGGCGCAGACAGAGGUCCAGGUCCAGAAGUCCUGUCAAUAAUACUCGUCACAGGCAUCGGAGGUACACGAGGUCCAGCUCCAGUAGCUCACGAUGAAUUCCAGAGGAUUCAGGGAAAUUAUUCAGUGGAGAUUGCGGCAAGUCAUUCAGUGGUUGAGACAAAAAUUUCGACUUGUUCGAGUAUUCGAUAAAUAUCCCGACAAUUUGGCUACUGAAUUUUUUGGUAAAGUAAGAUGAUUUGAAUUUGACAGUUUGAGUAAAUGUCGAUUUAUAUUUGAAAAUAUUGACUUUAGGAAGGAAUGUCAUAAGACACCGUUUAUCAUAAAUUUAAUCAAUUACAAAAAAUCCCUCUAACGUUUCUCGUUGAAAUCGAUAAUUUUCGAGAUCGAUAAAACGGAAGAAUUGCAAAUUCAACUUGUCAAACUUUUACACUUCGUUAUUGAAUCAUUGGAUAAUUAAGAAGGGAGUUUGGGGGAUUUCAAUUUUACGGAGGGUGUAUCGGUUUUUUACGAUCUCUGCAGGGGUUUUGGGCUUUGAGAGGCGCCAAAGGGUUUCCUUCGAUUAAAGUCAAGAAAUGUUUAGCGUAAGGAUUUCUCAGAUUAAAAUUCAUAUAAAUUCUCAAAUCAACUGUCAACCGACGAAGUGAGAAUUCCCACUAAUUUAUCAAUUUUAAUUGAGAAAAGGAAAGAUGAAAAUGUGCACUGUAAACACGAAAUAGAUCAGCCAAAUAAUGAAAUACUGUACGUGUGGGUUCAAAAUAAACAAACACUUUCUCUUUUCGACGAA